UUAGCUGUAGGAGUGUUAGUUGCGUCUUCUCUUCUUCUCUUUGUCAACCCUCUCUCUCUUCUCUCUUGCAAGUACAAGCUGUACAAGUGUUCACAUUAUGUCUCAUCAUCAUCAUCAUCGUCAGCAUGUUAGACCGAGGUAUCCAGAAGUUGAGGAAAACUACGAGCUAUUUGAAACCCUUGGCUCUGGUGGCUUUGCUAAAGUCAAACUUGGAAAACAUAAGCUAACAGGAGAGAAAGUUGCUGUGAAGAUUAUGAAUAAAAUACAAUUAGGAGAUGAUUUGCCUCGAGUCUAUCGCGAAAUGAGAGCAUUGAAAAAUCUUCAUCAUCAGCACGUUUGCCAAUUGUUUGAAGUGAUAGAGACCGACCUGAUGAUAUACAUGAUCUUAGAAUAUUGUUCUGGUGGUGAGUUAUUCGAUUACAUAGUGGCCAAGGAGAAGCUGAAAGAACCAGAGGCUAGGACAUUUUUCAGACAGAUAGUAGCAGCUUUGAAAUAUGUUCAUACCUCGGGUUUCAUACACAGGGACCUGAAGCCUGAGAACCUGUUGCUUGAUGAAUAUUCAAAUAUCAAACUGAUUGAUUUUGGAUUAGUUGCUGAACCAAAGGAUAUUCGACAUUUACUCAAAACUUGCUGUGGAUCUCCUGCAUAUGCUGCACCUGAACUGAUUAAAGGUGGUCCUUAUAUAGGGCCCAGAGCUGAUGUGUGGAGUCUUGGAGUGCUACUGUAUGCCCUCCUUAAUGGCUUCCUACCUUUUGAUGAUGACAACACUGCUGAGCUAUACAGGCUAAUACAGAAUGGACGCUAUGACAAGCCUCGUUGGUUAAGCAGAGACAGUUUGGAAAUACUUGAUGUUUUACUUCAAACUAUUCCUGAGAGAAGAGUCACUGUAGACGAGUUACUCAAUCAUCCGUGGGUAAUGCAAGGCUACUCUAGACCCAUUGUAUGGGACAGCAAGAUUGAUAUUAAUGAGCUUGAUACUGACUGCAUUGAAGAGCUCUCUCGAUAUCACGGCGUAUCAACUACUGCUAUGACAGAAAGAGUCCUCAGAUGGGAUUAUGAUCAUUUGACUGCUACAUAUUUCCUUCUCUUUCGGCAAAAGCUAGCAGGGAAAGAACCAAAAAUUAAAGCGCCUCCAAAGAAAGUGGUGACCAGGGCUCCAUCACUGAAUGAAAAAGGACCUUCCUCACCUCUUACUUCCCACAGGCCAUACCUCAACAAGCCUUCAUCUCUAGCAUAUGAUAAAACAAAAAAUGAGAAAGAAGAUGACAACAGCAUAUCGGAUGAUGAUAAAGAGGAAGACAGUGAGAGCGAAAGUGAUGAAGACAAGCCUAUAGUAACAAAAGAUAUUGAAGUAAAGGUUCAGCCUCCAUCCAAUACCUCUAUCACAUCUAGUCCAAGGACUAGAAAGAUCAGUCUUGGUCAGCCAAUGCAUCCUCCGACACUUGGGGAGAUUGUUAGUCUGAGGAGACCAGCUGAGAGUCCUAAGAUUGGCCGUCCUGUUUAUCCAGCCAUUAACCACAUACUAGCUAAUGAAGGCUCAUUCCCAGUACAAGUGAAGCAAAAAGAGCCAAAGACGCUGACACUUCCUCCCAUUCUCUCUCCUCCUGGAUCCAUUGCUCCUUCUGCCAGCUUCCAAGGCGGCAUUCCUGGCUAUGCUCCUUUCCUUACUCCACAGUUGCAGCCGAAAGUUGUGAAGACAAUGUCUUACGAUUCUCGUUUGAAUAAAGCUGGUGGUGAUUCUUCGGAAGAACUAUCUCUCCCGCCUCUCCCUCACUCUCCAAAAAGCAGACGUCGUUUUGGUAGUGUUGAUUUUGUGCUCACAAAGUUAAGGAAGGCUGUUAGACGCCCGUCUUCUGGAGGAGAAAAUGGAGAUCUUGGACCAAGGACAGUCAAGGGCUUGUUUGAUGCUAAUACAACAUCUUGUAAAUCAGAGAGUGAAGUUAUGCAGGAAAUUGAACGGGUUUUGAAUGACAUGAAUAUACCGUUUACUAAGAAAAACAACUAUACAUAUAUAUGCAAGCUUGAGCCUCAAAUGAAGAGAGGUAGCAAGAAGCCACUCACUUUCUCACUGGAAGUUUGUUUGAUUGGAAACCUCAGCAUGAUGGGCAUCAAGCGAAAGCGUAUAGGAGGAGAUGUCUGGAGAUACAAAGAAAUCUGCAAACAGAUUUUAGAUUCCACACAUUUAUAGAAACUUUGCCAUAGAUUGACAUUAUUUUUUCUACUAACUACUACUAUGAUAACUGUUUCUUUUUAUCUUGUUAUUGUUUUAAUAUUAUUUUUGUUAUUAUUAUUAUUUGCCAUUUAUACUGCUAAAAUGUCUAA